AAACCACAUCACGAAAUCACCCUUUGAUCGCGGAUAAAGUACGACCGUUCGUGCUUUUUCGUUCUUCUCGCCUUCUUCUUUCAGAAAACCCCUCUUACGGAGACACAAAAAAACUUGAAAAUCCUAAUAAAACCCCAAUUCGCGAUCGAAUUUCGUCGACCGCCUCACCUUCGCCCUCCCUCAAUCCUCCGCCGUUUGAGCCCGCACCCCACAGCACUCUUUCGGUCUUCGCACAUCGUCUCAGUUUCUGUUUUGUACAGCUCUAUUCGAAGCACAAUUCGACUGUUGUCUACCCCACCUCAUCAAAGACAUCUCGACGUAAUAAGCAUUACAUUUACUCAAGAUGUCUGCCACCACCGCUGUCGACCAGCUCGCCGCUGACCUCAAUAAUGCGUCCUUGAACGGAGGCGACGCAAACGGCGCUCCGGCCAUUAACACUGAUGUCUCCAACAUUGGUUCCGAGGACCCUGAUACUGCUGGACCUACCCCCAGCUCUGCCGCUCCUCACCCGCAGGCUUCUGCCUCCCUCUACGUUGGUGAGCUCGACCCGUCUGUCACCGAAGCCAUGCUCUUCGAGCUCUUCUCUCAAAUUGGUUCCGUCGCAUCCAUCCGUGUUUGCCGCGAUGCUGUGACCCGCCGAUCUCUUGGAUAUGCCUACGUCAACUACAAUACCACUAUCGAUGGCGAGAAGGCUUUGGAGGAACUCAACUACACCCUGAUCAAGGGACGCCCCUGCCGUAUUAUGUGGUCCCAGCGUGACCCUGCCCUUCGCAAGACUGGUCAGGGCAACGUCUUCAUCAAGAACUUGGAUACUGCUAUCGACAACAAGGCUCUCCACGAUACAUUUGCAGCAUUUGGAAACAUUCUCAGUUGCAAGGUCGCCCAGGAUGAGACCGGAGCUUCAAAGGGCUAUGGCUUUGUUCAUUACGAGACUGAUGAAGCUGCCAGCCAGGCUAUCAAGCACGUCAACGGUAUGCUCUUGAAUGAGAAGAAAGUUUUCGUAGGCCACCACAUUCCAAAGAAGGACCGCCAGAGCAAGUUUGAGGAGAUGAAGGCCAACUUCACCAACAUCUACGUCAAGAACAUUCCAGUUGAAGUCACAGAUGAAGAAUUCCGUGAGCUUUUCGAGAAGUACGGAGAGGUCACGUCUGCUUCCCUUGCUCGUGAUCAGGAGACUGGCAAGAGCCGUGGUUUUGGAUUCGUCAAUUUCAUCAACCAUGAACAUGCUGCCAAGGCUGUUGAUGAACUCAACGGCAAGGAUUUCAAGGGCCAAGACCUCUACGUCGGCCGAGCUCAGAAGAAGCACGAGCGUGAGGAGGAGCUCCGAAAGUCGUACGAGGCUGCACGUAUCGAGAAAGCAUCCAAGUACCAAGGUGUCAACCUUUACGUGAAGAAUCUUGACGAUGAGGUUGAUGACGAGAAGCUUCGCGAGCUCUUCGCUCCUUUUGGCUCCAUCACCUCAGCCAAGGUCAUGCGUGAUUCUGCUGCGGAGACCGCCGAGGCUGAGGAAAAGGAGAAGAAAGAGAGUGAAAAGAACAAGGAGAAUGAGAAGGAGGGCGAGACAAAGCCCGAAGACGAAGACUCCGAGAGCAAGGCGGCUGCAAAGACAGAGAAGCGUACCUUGGGCAAGAGCAAGGGUUUCGGUUUCGUUUGCUUCAACAACCCCGAGGAAGCCACCAAGGCCGUUACUGACAUGAACCAACGCAUGGUCAACGGCAAGCCUCUCUACGUUGCCCUCGCCCAACGCAAGGAUGUUCGGAAGAGCCAGCUGGAGGCCAGCAUUCAAGCCCGAAAUCAAAUCCGUAUGCAACAAGCUGCCGCUGCCGCAGGUAUGCCCCAGCAAUACAUGCAAGCUCCAAUGUUCUAUCCUCCUGGUCAGCAGCCUGGUUUUGUCCCGCAAGCCGGUGGACGUGGUAUGCCAUUCCCUCCUCAAGCUGGUAUGCCUCUGCCAGGUGCUCAAGGUGCUCGCCCUGGUCAAUUCGCUGGUGGCUUUCCCCCACAACAAGGCGGACGAGGUGGCCCAAGUCCCCAACAGCUUCCACCGAACAUGUACGGUAUCCCCGGCCAAUUCCCCCCCGGAACUCCGUAUGGCCAGCAAGGCAAUCCUCAAUUCUUAGCUGCCAUGCAGCAAGCGCAACAAGCUGCUGCUCUUGCCGGUGGCCGCGGAGGACCUAGUGCACGUGGCCCAAUGCAGGGUAUGCCGGGUAUGCCUCCCAACAUGGCUGGUCUUCAAGGUGUUGGUCAGCAAGGAAUGGCUGGCUUCCCGCAAGGAACUAGACAGGCUGGUAUGGCUGGACGUGGUGCUCAAGGUGGUCGCCCAAAUCAAUACCCUGGUGGAUUCCCACCUCAAGCUGGCCGUGGUAUGCCAAUGCCAGGUAUGCCCCAAGCUGGCCCAGAGGGAAUUGGCGGUGCAACCCUUCUCCAAACACAACUCGCGACCGUUCCUUCUCAGCAACAGAAGCAACUCCUCGGAGAGGCUUUGUUCCCGAAGAUCCAAGCUAUGCAACCCGAGCUGGCCGGAAAGAUCACUGGUAUGCUGUUGGAGAUGGAUAACCAGGAGCUUGUCAACCUCAUCGAGGACAACUCUGCUCUUCAGGCAAAGGUCGACGAGGCCCUCACCGUCUAUGAUGAGUACGUCAAGAACAACAAAGGUGGAGAAGGCGAGGCUGGCGAGGGAGACGUGAAGGAUGAGAAGUCAGAAGAGAAGGCUUAAGUGCCCAAUCUCUUACACAUACAACAAUACCCACUAAUGACUCUUCUUCUGCAUACACAUUUCACGUAUUGUCAAUCUGCUGCGGCGACGGGCUGCCGGAAAAGUUUUGCGCUUCUCUGUUUCUGGGUUGGCACAAAGUUUCGAUUUUCGGCUUCUACUGCUGCGGCUAGCUUCCUCUACACGACAUUUCCUUUUUCUUGAUUGACUGUCAUCGACUGGAUGAACAUUCGAUCAUGUACUCAUAGACUAUUUGUGCGCUGGGCUUCAUCGGCUUCCGCAGGCUUCACUCUCGCAUGUGGACUGGCACAUUACCUGCUUUUCGGUGUCUCUUUUCCUUGCUUCUGGCGAAGACGGAUGGGUUGAUUCAUGACUUUGCUGCUUUCGCUGCAGGGUGUGUCUGGACAGUCUGGUUCUGCUGAUGCGGCUCUAAAUUAGACUAAGAAUCAAUACAAAAACAUUGCAAACUU